AUGUAUAUCGGAUUCGCAGUAUUUUUUCUAUUAAUUGCACAUGUUGCUAAUUAUCCAUCAGUACGUGAGGUUGCAACAGAUGGUGAAGAAAGUGACAAUGAUUUACAAUUAGAACUUCGUUCGAUUUUAAACCAUCUUGAUAAUGAACAAAUGGAACGAUCUAUUACAUUAGAUGAAGAUAAUCAAGAAGACGAUUCUGAUCAAUAUGAACAUGCAAUGAACAGACGACAAGGUGGUUAUAAUGUAAUUAAACAAGAUCUUAAAUGUGAAAUCGAAUGUGUUGAUAAAUUACGAAAUCCAAAAUUAGGUCAAGGUUUGUCAAUUAAAGAUGCAGCUAAAUCUUGUAAAAAUAUCUGUGCUAAUACAAGCAAAAAGCGUGAACAGAAAAAACUCAUUGUACGACGAAAAGAACAAUCUCACCAAAAGAGCUUACGUCAAUUUAUUGAUAAUGAUAAUAGCAACAGCAAUGAAGAACAAUAA